UUGUGCAAAUACUCGUCAUUUGUCUUUGUAGAAAUGGAGGCAGCCAGACAAAGGGUGAAGGAAACUGUUGCUCAUAAGAAAGAGGAAGAGAAGAAAACUAAGGUGAGGGAGUUCUCGUCAGCCCCUAAGGUCGUCAGUAAGGGGACAACUAAGAGGAAAGGUGACGGGAAGGACGACCGUCCGUCGAAAAAGGCGUCCGUCACUCCUAGAGAGAAGCUUCCUAAGAAGCCGUCACCUCCAAAGCACGGGGCUGGCAAGGGGUUGAUGACGACGCCUGGCCCCGUCACUCAAGAUUCUGAGCGUCGUCUCCUUACCCACAAGGAUUGUACUGUCGGGAUGCUUGAGUCCAUUAUCAAAGAUAAAGACGCGAAUCCUUGUGUUGGCCAAGUGACGGGGGAGCUGGGGGAUUCAGGCCUCUUUGACCUUGCUCGAGCACUAGUUCGUAUGAAGGCUUUACAAGGGUGAUUGUCCGUCAGCAAAAGGAUAUUAAGAACCUGACUGAUGAGCAAGAACAAUACAAGAGCACCCUCCAUACCCUCAACCAAGAGGUGAAGGAGUUGAAAGAAAAGCUGAAGGAGGAGGGUCGUCAGCAGAAAAAAGAUCUAGAAGCCAAGGAGACGGUGGAGAAGGAGUUGGCGACUAUGUUGGACUAAUGAAC